AUGCCCUUGGGCGCGAUGACCUACUCCAACCUCUUGCGUCGAACGCUCAGCGGCGAGAUCGUUCUGCGAAUCCACCAUUCCCUCUCCACCUCACCUCUGGUCAUGACCGGCAACCCCUCGACCUCCGGCUUUACCGCCCCGCAAGCAGCUUUCGACGGCAUGGCCCCUGCCGCUUACCGCAUCGCUACACGCGGUUUCGACGGGACCUUCAUGGCAACACCGGCAGCACGCCAACAAGCGGUCGAGCAUGUGCUGGAUCGUCGCGGACUCCCGCCCCCAGGCCUCGAUCAGGAUAUCGAAAUGAUGACCGCCUCGCCCUUCAUAUCCGUCACGGCCGAUCUGGACUGGGCGCUUUAUUGGAUCGCGCGGCAACUGACCGGAACGACCACACCCGAAAUCCACCUCGCCGUGAUUCGCGUCCCGAACGCAGAAGUGAUGCUCAACCCUUUCCCAGACUCUCCCAUGGCUGCGGUCGUCGGCAUGAGCGAGCGGGAAAAAGUAGCCUACUGGUCGGCAAGGGGCAAGGCGGAAGAGAGAAAAGAGUGGUUCUUUUACGGCCGAAUCUUUGAUGAUUCCAUCCUCGGUGAUAUCGUCUUUACCCCAAAGACACUUCCGUUCGCCCUCCCUCGUAAAUUCUGGAAGCUGGUGUACGAAGCAGGCAGCGGUCGAGAGGGUUGGAGCGAUCGGCUCAGGUGGAACCCGAUGGAUGAUCCCUGGAAGGAAGCGGCGCGGAUGCUAAACGAGAAUCGGACCAGCCUAGCUACCGCUUGGGCAUCACACCCUGUCGACACGAAGCAGAUCCACCUCUGGCCAUCACCCCCUAGGGGACCUCGCUACCCUCGAGGUCGUCCAAACGGAAUACAUCUCCCCACCUUCCACCUGCCCCCGCGUCCAAACACAUUACCUUUGCACCGCGGGAGCGCGCAUCGUCGUGGAGCUAUACCCAACCGCCCUCGCCCUAUUUCGCAUUGCCCGCCGCCCCUCCCAGCUUCACACCGAGGGUAUCAGCAACACUGCGAGCAGCGGCGCUUCGUACAGCAAACUCUUCGGCAGAAUCUAGUCCCCGUCCACCCGCCACACCCGAUGCCCCCGUUCCCACCGAGGCUUGGGCUUCCUUCACGGCCUCCGCCGUCGGCCCACCCUUCCGUCCCGCCAAAACCCACCGCCAAGCCCAACCCCAAUGUUCACCAAGGCCAUCGCUCCAUCUCCCACCCACGCGUUCAGAAGGCACAACGACCCACUGUGCCGGAAGAUCUCAUGGGUCCCGAGGACUUUGAAAAGUCCUCUCUGGCGAAAGCCGAGGCCAUGCUGAUCAACCUCCGCAUUUAG